CCACGUUGUCGGAGCUGAGCCUGUGCUGCAGAAGAAUGUAGAUCUGCACAGUGGCGUGUUCUGCUCACUAAUCAUCCCAUUUUGGCGACGCAAAAUAGGGACGGCUUCAAUCAAAAAAACAACCCAUCGGAUAAUGUGAGCAUGUGACGACAUGACUGACAGGUGUAGCAGAUUUGUGCCGAUUUUCAGAAACGGGCAAAUGUUUCGCUGCUUAUGGGUUAAACCAUAUCGUGCCCAUUAAUGAUAACCCAGCAAAGGUUUGGCAGUCCAUCAAUCUGAUCUUGGUGUGUUGCAUGUAGACAUGCUGUGACUGGGACAUCACAGUGGGGUUAGUCUCACCAUGAAGGGCUCCAGCUCCAGAUGGGCCUUCUCCCUAGGCUUCUUGGUGGGGGCCUGCAGCAUCUACUUCUUCCUGCGGCAGGUGUGGUUUGAGAGGAGCUACCCCGUGCUGUCAGAGGCUCAGGAAAAAGCCACAGCGGUGUCUGAGAGACCAACCAGCUGGAGGAAGAAGGGGGCUGCUCUCAUCAACCCACUCCAUGCUCACAAUGAAGAUGAAGACAGCAGAGUGGCAGAUGUGUUGUACCAGAAGGUUCGUGUUCUCUGUUGGGUGAUGACUGGACCUUAUAACCUGCAGAGCAGGGCCCGCCAUGUCAGGGCCACCUGGAGCCGCCACUGCAACGUGGUGGUGUUCAUGAGCUCCGAGGAGGACCUUGAUUUCCCCACUGUGGGCCUGGGCACUAAGGAGGGCCGUGACCAGCUUUACUGGAAGACCAUUCGAGCCUUCCAUUAUGUCUACGAGCACCAUGCGAGUGAGGCAGAUUGGUUCCUCAAAGCUGACGAUGACACCUAUGUGGUGGUGGACAACCUGCGCUGGAUUCUGUCCAACCACACGCCUGAAGAGCCCAUCUACUUCGGCAAACGUUUCAAGCCUUACACCAAGCAAGGCUACAUGAGCGGAGGGGCAGGCUAUGUGCUUAGCAAAGAGGCCCUCAAGAGAUUUGUUGAAGGUUUUCGGACCAAAGUUUGCUCACACACCACACCCGUAGAGGACUUGGCGCUGGGGCAGUGUUUGGAGAAGAUGGGCGUUCUGGCGGGCGACUCCAGAGACACUUUGCAUCGAGAGACUUUCCACCCAUUUGUGCCAGAGCACCAUCUUACUGGCAAGUUCUCCAAGAGCUUCUGGUACUGGAGCUAUUGCUACUACCCAAUUGUUGAGGGUCCACAGUGCUGCUCUGACUUGGCAGUAUCUUUCCAUUAUGUGGAGGCAGAGCUUAUGUACACAUUGGAGUACUACACGUAUCACCUGAGAGCGUACGGCUACAGGCCACGCUACCGGCCCUCCUUACGCCAGGGUCUGAGCCUCGGCCCACUGUCACAGACAGCCGUGACGGGGGAACUUGAAAUGGUUGAGGUGACUGAUGGAAGGAGUCACACCACUUCAGCUUUUUCUGUUAGUGGAAACCAAACUAGAGCAGAGAUGAAGUCAGAGAAAGGGGGGAAAGACAAUCGCGUCACUGAGAACAGGACUGCAGUCACUCAAGGCAGGCACCUCUGAUUCUGUGUUUCAGCAUCUUCCUGCAUCAUAAAUCGGCUAAUGUCCUCUUCUGAUAGGCCCUUUUCGAUCCAAUCCAGCAUUAUUCCAGCCAGUAUGACACUGUAAGCACUCGCAAUGAGAGUGGUGAAAAUCUGAAUGUGAUUCAAUGGCAGCUCCGAAUGGCUUGGCUAUUUUUAAUCAAUAUAACAUUUUUUAUUAGGUUUGACAUAAUCUUCAUUUUAAUUUAUGAAUAGAAUACAAUGUGCUUGGAGAAAUGCAGGAAGAUGCACAUAUAUUAUUUUAAAGUAGCUGUUCUGAGCUAGUAAUGCAGCAGCAGAUUUAAAGAAAAGAUUUAAUCAUUUUAAAUUAUUUUAAUUAUUUUUUCUUGAAAUGGAACGCAGCAAUACAUUGUUUUGUGUGUAUCACAACUUCUCUUUUAUUUAUGGCCUCUUUGUUUUUCUGAUGUUCUGAAACCUCCUGUAAUUCUUUUUGAGAACACUGAAUCUGCUGAUGAACACAGUAUAUACAAAACUAAAAUGGAAACCGCAAGUCAUUUUUUAUAACCCAACAGUAAACAUUCUAGCAGCUGUUAUUGAACAUUACUGUCUGCUCUGGCAUUAAGCUUGAAUAAUCACUCAUAAACAGCUUCAGAAAAAUGCACUGAUGUUUUAAAUGAAUAAAUGAUGUAUAAAAAAUUAUGUUUAUUUUGAACUUUUGAACAACAAUGAAUAACAUGAUGAAGAAAUAAAAUGUAUCAA